AUGCGAACACAACCAUUCCACCGCAUUGGGAUGCUCACCAGGGCAGCUGGGGCAGCCCUGCUGUGCAACCUAUGGACGGCGUGUCUUAGCUCCAGGCAAUCGGAACUGUGUUCGGAGAUUCUGGCCUGGAUGAUACUGCCGGCUAUGUUUAAGGUGGUACGACGACUAAAGGCUAACAAGAUCCGGACGAGACCUCCCUUGAGCGAACCAGCACACCAGCCUCAGUCUGCAAAGUCAUUAUGGUUAGUUGCGUUAGGUAUUUCUACAUCUUGUGUUUAUCAAGCAGAGAUUGGGUUGGUUGGAGUCUUUCCAGUAUUGACACCGUUACUUCUGAUAGCGGAGAGGUAUCUUGGUUCUGAAUUCGGGGAUUCUACAAUAUCUAACCCACAGUAUUUUACUCCUUUUAUCAACACAGUAUGGGGUACAGCCGUUGCUGCUUCCUUUCUUAUUCUUACUUUGGCAGAUUGGGAGUUUCAAGGGUAUUUUCUCUCGGCGAUUCCAGUUGUUGCUUUACUAGGUGUCUAUGUUACUCUUUCGCAGAGGCGAAACUCUCGGUUUCUCCCUUUCCUUGAUCUUGAAGACACCAUUCGUCCCCUUGCGUUGCGCGUUGUGAGCCUUUUGGUCAUGGUAUUGGGUGCCGAGACUGUCGCGUUUGGCUUCCCUCGAAACCUUGAGCCUACAAUCAUAUUCAUAUUGGGCUUCGGAAAAGCUUUGACUUGGUAUUUCUUCACUGUGAUAACUCGGCAUUGUUCCUGGCGUAUUGUCACUACCAUAAGAAUGUUCAGUGCUAUAUCUACACGAAAUCUAUUGAUGCUGUCUUCAGAUACCCAGGCCUUCUUACAUAUCAUAGCGUCGCUCCUGACACUCGGUCAGGUGAUCUAUAUGCUCCCAUGGCCAACAAAAACCCGAUCGGCGCUCGCAGGCUUUUCUCUUGUAGCUCUUAUUCCAUACCUUACCGACACUUUCAGGAUUGCACAGUCGUCCAUGGUCUCGUCUGGACAGCAUCCUAUCGAAGCGUUGAUACGCACCGCCCAGGCGGACUUCGACAGUAUACUCCGAAACCAAUCCCCAAACUAUACGGCCGCUUAUAACGAAUAUCGACGGCGAUACGGUAUGGACCCGCCACCGGGCUUUGAAGGCUGGUAUGAGUUUGCCAAACAGCAUCAAUCGCCUAUGAUUGACGAGUUUGAUAACCUCUACGAAGUCAUCUCACCGUUCUGGCAAUUUAAAGGUCAAGAUAUUCGUGAUAUGAUGGAUGAGAUACAAAGUAUGCGUAUGCUGCACAGCGAGCUGUGGUUCUGUACGUUUUCUGGUCAGCAGGCGAAGACUCACUGUAGCCAUCCUGGUCGCACUUUUGACAGACACAUACAAUCCUCACUUGACCACCUUUUGAAAGACCUGCCCGGCAUCCUGCCUGACGUCAAAUUUCUUAUCAAUCAUCUCGAUGAACCGAGAGUCCUGAUCCCCCCACAAUCGCUGGGAGAAGAUGGCCUCCUCAGUGAAGGCUUCAACUUAACGAAUCUGUCGAGACGACCUGUUUGGGAGGUCGUUACGAAGUCCUGCUCCUCCCGGGAAACGUCAAGGGCGCAGACUACUCACGCGACUGAACAGUCUACCCUGCCCUUCGUUGUCGAUCCCGCACUGGCCAUGGAUCUCUGCCAACAUCCCGAGUAUAGUGCCAUGCAUGGUCUUAUCACGAGUCCCACUUCUUUUUAUCUAUUUGAGGGUGCAGUGCCGAUCCUUUCCACGGGCUCUCUUUCGACUAUGGGUGAUAUCCUAUAUCCCAGCCCAGCUUAUAAUGAGCCCGAGUUCAAAUAUACCAAAGAUACACACGAUAUUGACUGGGAGAGAAAAAAGAACAAUCUGUACUGGGCAGGCUCUACCACUGGUGGCUUUGCCGUGGAUGAGAAGUGGCAGUACUACCAUCGACAAAGAUUUGUUCAGCUGGCACAGAACCUAGAACGGCAUCAGUAUCCUUACCUCCAGGAACAUGAUGGUGUGAUUAGCCAGAUAAAAUCGUCGCUAUUCAUUACCGGCCGGCUAUUCGAUGUGGCUUUCACUCGAAUCUUCCAAUGCGAGCGAAGAUACUGCAGGGACCAGCAUGCAUACUUUAAACUAAAGCCGUGGGCAGAUAAAGACCAGCCUCUCCGGUCACGGCUUGUGUUUGAUAUAGAUGGAAACGGUAUCAGUGGCCGGUACUAUAAGCUUCUUGCUUCUAAGUCAGUUCCAUUGAAGCAGACCUUGCUACGGGAGUGGCACGAUGAACGUCUCAGGCCAUGGGUUCAUUAUGUUCCAGUUAGCCUAAGUAUGGAAGAGCUUCCAGAGAUAGUUCGGUACCUUACAUCCACUGAGACUGGGCAGAGAAGGGCUCGAGAAAUCGCAGAGCAAGGCCGUGACUGGUUUGCUAAAGCCUUCCGUGAUGUUGACCUGACCAUACAUAUGUAUCGACUAAUGUUAGAGCUAGCCAGGCUACAAGAUCCGGAAAGGCUGGCUGUCUGA